AAACGGCAGGCAAUUAUAUAAUACUUCUCCUCUGGUCAGAAACCAGAAUUAUUUUUUAACUAUAGAAACAACGGAUCCGUUUCAUUGGCCUUUCUGGUGACCUUCCGUCUUAUUAACCAAUAUAAAGCGUAAGCUCUCUGCUUACUUCAUUUCAUCAAUAUAGUUUUCUGCUUUCGUUGCAUGUAUUACACUCCUGAUUCAAAUAUGGAGGCUUCGUCUUCUCGCAAGGUAGAAAUCACAGUCUUGUCUGCGGAAAAUCUACGUUUGGAUAAGAAAUUAGUGAAGAAGAACACAUUCGUCAUCGUCCAAACUGAUCCUUUCAACAGCCAUACAACAAGAACCGACACGCUAGGAGGAGGGUACCCUUCAUGGAACGAGAAGCUUGUUUUCGACUUGCCUGUGCAUGCAGGCUAUAUAUAUUUAGAAGUACAAAGCAAGAGUUCUUCAGGGACCAGAAGUAUUGGCGUUGCAAAGAUACCAGUAUCCGAUUUUAUAGGAGGGUAUGUACCAGAGAAUUACUUGCACUUUUUGAGCUACAGAUUAAGGGAUUCCAAGUGGGAAAAAAACGGGAUAAUCAAUGUCUCAGUGAGAGUAAAUACGCCAGGAUACGUUAAGAGCUCGCCCAAUACAGGCAAAUUGAAGGUGACAGGAUACACAUCGUUCUCCCCGCAAGCUUCAGACAUAAAGGUGAAGAAGGGAUAUGGGUCUUGUUCAUGGCAGCUUACAAGGCCGAAUAUGCAGGGACAUGCACCGUAUUCAACGACGGGCACAGGGCCAAAUGAGCAGCGAUAUGCAUCGUUUUCAUCUCAAACACGUUUUGGAGUUCCAGUUGGUGGAGUCGUAACGGGGGUGCCUGUUUUGGGGCACAAAACAUGCAUAAAUAUUAUUUAAAACAGAAAGAUUUACUUUCAUUUUUGGAGAAUAAUGUAUUAGCAAAGCACGUAAUUCAGUGAUUGAUUUCGAAAUUGAACGAAGAGAAGUGACAUUGUCAAUGAUGUCACUGACUUCUCAUCUUUACGUUUACGAUGGUGAG